AUGCCGAUUUGUAUCGAGUGCCGCCAUCCGGUCAAGACCCUAUGGACCAAAUACUCCAACGCUGACGACAAGUCGAGCGGCCACAACAUCCGCCUGACCGUUUGCAGAAAUUGCGGCCACUUUUGCGACAAAUACGUCGAGCACGACUUCGUGGUGCUGUUCAUCGAUCUCGUCCUGAUCAAACCCCAGGUCUAUCGUCAUCUAUUGCACAAUACCUUGAUGAAGGAUGACGACCGUUUUGAUUCAUCCAUCGUACGACUCGGCAUCCUUUUGCUUCUAUUCGACGUCUACUUGACAUGGGCGCGCAUUGAGAAGCAGACGGUGCCCAUCUCUGCUCGGGGCGAGGGCGCCAACCUGGGCAGCUUGGCACAGCAGUCUAUCGUGUCCCAAUAUUUCUUCUUCCUCAUCCUGUGCGCUUUGUCGACAUUUGCCUUUCAUAUGAGCAUUCGCUUCCUGACUUCGUCCAAGUUCUCCCCGCUCAACUUUUUCAACAUCUUGCCCCGAUAUUCGCGUCCGAAUUCCGUCUCGACCGCACUCCUCGUCUCGUCUUCGACCAAGCUAUUUCCGAUACUCAUGGUCAUAUGGCAGUACGAUGUCCCAGCUGCGGCUCGGUCGCUGGGCUGGGCCGUCGUAGCAAACAACGUCGAGGCCCUUCGUAUUCUGCUGGAUUGCGGCUACGGCGUUGCCACUUUGCUUGCCACGCUGGGAGCUCUAGCCCGGUGGACAGUGGGACGUAGUGUUCUCUGGGCUGCCGGGCUAGAUGGGGUGGAUUCCAUCGGAGAGACGAGCAUUGCUGCAGAUGGCAAAGCCCUCUGGGCUCUGUUGAUGUACGUGAGGGAGUGGGCAAGCGAUCUAGCCGCAGGGUAA